CUAUAAGUGCGUUCGGUUUUACAAGAUUUGGUCGCUCUUUUAACUCUUUAAGCUCGAAUUGCGUUCGGUUUUCACCUCAUAUCGCUCAUUUUAAUCUAUUUCGUGUUCGGUUAUAUGCACUCUUGUUGCUCCGAGUUAGCUCGAUGCGCUCUAUCACUUUAGACCGAGUGUACCGAUUUAAUUGUCAGUAGGUCAACUGUACCGUUUAUAAUACAUCGCGUGCAUCACGUGAUCAAAAAACAGCUGUCAAAUCGCUCGUAGGACAAACAUACCCUCAUUUCAUACAGGUUAAUAUACUAUUAAGGAAAAAAUUGGAAAAUAAACUGAAGAAUAAACUUGCGUACGGCAACAUAAAACGUUUAAAGUAAUUUAAUAUAGUGUAGCAAGUGUAGUGUAGUAAUUAUAUAGACAUAAAAAGUACUUUGAAGGCUUAGGACAAUAUGCCCAACUUUUGCGCUGUUGCUCAAUGUGGCAGUAGAAGUAAUAGAGACAAAGUGUCGUUUUUUCGUUUUCCUUCCAUAUAUGACAACAACAAAAAGGUCGAUCCUAGAAAAGAACGUAGACGAGAAGCUUGGAUAUUAGCAACGAGAAGAACAGAUCUCACGGACAGUAAAUUAAAGUACCAAAUGAUUUGCUCAAGACAUUUUUUGGAAGGAAAACCUGCAAAAUUAAGUGAUGAGAACCAUCCAGAUUGGAUACCAUCACAGAAUAUGGGUUACGACAAACGAAAAGCGAGUAUGGAAAGAUAUAAUAGAUCCAAGAAACGCAUAAAACAAGUAAUUGGCACUUUGCAGGUAUGUUUUGGCUGUUACCUCUCUAAUCUAUUUAUUUUAAAGGAAUCCAUUCAGGAACCCCUACUUAACAUGGAAAUUGCCACUCAUUCGGCAGAAGUUUUUGAUAAUCUAACAUCCACACUGGAAACAACUGAAUGUACAAACGUAACAGAAAAGGAUUUGGAGUAUGGAUUAUUAAAAGCAAAUGAAGAGAUAUACAGACUUCGAAAGGAAUUGUCAGUUCAUAAAUUUAGUAUGAGUGAUAUGAAGGAUGAUGCAAAAUGUAAAUUUUAUACGGGACUCUCUUUUGAGGUUUUAGAAAUUGUUUUUCAACUUGUAGAGCCUUACAUAAUGAUAACGCCUAACACAACUUUAUCUAAAUUUGAACAAGUAAUAUUAACACUAAUGAAAUUACGUUUAAACUUAUUAUUUACUGAUUUAGGUUACCGUUUUAACAUAUCUCGUUCCACUUGUGGAAGAAUAUUUAAAAAUGUAUUGCAUGUCCUUUACAAGAAAUUAAGGUCUUUUGUACAAUGGCCAGAACGAGAAUGUUUGUGUGCUACAAUGCCCAAAUGUUUUAAAGAAAAUUUUGGGAAUAGGGUCACUGUAAUAAUAGAUUGUUUUGAGAUCUUCACAGAAAAACCAAAAAAUAAAGAAGCAUCUUCUCAACAUUUUUCGCAUUAUAAACACCAUCACACUAUCAAAUAUUUUAUUGGAAUUUCGCCACAGGGCAGUGUUAUGUUCAUUUCAAAGGCAUUUACUGGGCGAAGUAGUGAUAAAUUUAUUACUGAAAAUUCAGGGUUUUUAAAAAAUUUGCUUCCGGGGGACCUCAUAUUAGCCGAUAGAGGCUUUUUAAUUAAAGAUAGUGUCAAUUUAUGCAUGGCAGAGGUGCAAAUGCCAGCAUUUCUAAAAGGAAAAAAGCAGUUGCAUCCCAAAGAAGUGGAGGAUACUCGUAAACUUGCAAAUGUAAGAAUACAUGUAGAAAGGGUUAUUGGGCUUUUACGAAGAAAAUAUAAAAUUACUUCCAAUACUUUACCAAUGUUUAUGGUUCGUUCAAAAUAUAAAAAAAUUCAAACAAUAGAUAAAAUUCUUACAGUAUCUUGUGCACUUAUUAAUUUUUGUCCAAGCAUUGUUCCACAGUAAUAGCUAUUUUUUGUACUUUCAACUUGUACAAGGUAUUGGUUAUUAAUAAAGUUCAUAAAUUUAAGAAAAAAUUUACAAUAUAUACAAAUAAGAUAGAUACACUACAACAA